UAGACAGCUUCAGCUAACAGCUUGUUGUUUUCUUCUGACUUUUCAUAACAUUAAUCAUUUAACAGGAUUAUAAACAAGAUAAAAUUAAAUGUUACAAGUCUAAAUCUUAAACAAAGAGAUCGUAUUCCUCAAUGUGAUUGCCGUAAUAUUUGCGUCCAUAUCAAAUAAAAGUUACCAUCUAUUUCGUGUACUAAAAAGGUGAACAAAAAAGAAAGCCACGAAAUGGGAAUCUUUGGAACAUCGUCACCAUUUGACGCAGACGUUGAGCGUGCAACAAGUGAAAAUAACACAAGUGAAGAAUGGGGACUUAUAUUGGAGAUUUGCGAUCGAGCUGGUGCAAGUGCCACAAAUUCAAGAGAUUGUCUCCGUGCUGUCAUGCGGCGUCUUGCUCAUCCAGAUCCUCAUGUACAAGUCCAUGCAGCUACCUUACUUGAUGCUUGUGUAUCCAAUUGUGGAAAGAUAUUCCAUUUAGAGGUUGCAUCACGUGAAUUCGAAAUGGAAUACCGCCGUUUACUCUCCCGUGCCCAGCCGGCUGUUGCACAGAAAUUAAGAGCAUUGCUACGGAAAUGGGCUGAUGGAGAGUUCAAGAAUGACUCCCAACUUGAUCUGAUUCCAUCUCUACAUACUAAGCUGUGUGCAGAAUUAGGAGAAAAGUCUAUUGCUGUACCUACUACUGAUACACAGCAGUCUUCCAAAGACGUAGCAGCUCAACGAGAGCAAGAAGAGUUGGCUCGAGCGAUCGCUCUUUCAUUAAGAGAGGCCAAUCCCACAGCAGGACCCGCGAACACAUCGACCUCGAAGACUCUUUAUCCCCGCGUGGAGUCGACAAAUGAACCACCACCUGCGAGAAAAGUCCGCGCUUUGUACGACUUCGAAGCUGCUGAAGAUAAUGAGCUGACCUUUGUAUCUGGAGAAAUAGUACACGUGACCGACUCCACCGACCCCAACUGGUGGAAAGGCUAUAAUGACCGUGGCGAGGGAUUGUUUCCAGCGAAUUUUGUUACCUCCGAUCUUAGUGAACCAGCUCCAGAAAGUGAAACAUGUCCGCCAGCGACAUCUAGCGGCAAGACCGUGCAAUUCGCACCCGAGACGCCUCUGCGCAUAGACGAGUCUUGUAUGGACGAAGCGCUCGCCUUACUCCACGAAGCGGAUCCAACUGGCGAAACACCAGAUGACGCGCGUCAGUCAGAGCUUGAAGCACGCGUAUACGCAAUGGGGCCGCUCGUUGAUGCCGCUCUGGAGAAGGCUGAUAGGCGCCACGCCCGCCUGACACAGCUAAGCUCAGACCUAGUAGACGCGUUGAACCUCUACCAUGAGCUUAUGCGCGAACCGAAGCCGAUGUACCAGCAGUACAUGCCGAUGAUGGGCGUGCCACCUGGACCUCACCCGUCUCACCCUCAUAUGGGCCCGCAGCCACAACCGCCUAGGUGCUGAUCAUUCCCGCAAUUGUAAAUAGCGUCCAAAACGUUAAUAUAUAAAUUAUUGUCUUCUUAUAGUUAGCCUAAUCGUGUGUUAAUUCUGAUGAACAUUUCGAUUAUAGACAUAUUUUUGUGUCUCAUAUUACGGAUUGGAAAUAUAUUUUUAAAAAAAAAAAAAAAAAA